CAUGGGCACUGCCAUCUGCCAUGUGGGUGCCCAUGGGAGAGACCCAGGGCAAGUUGCUGUCUCGAAGAUGCAGCCUACCCUGAGCCCUGAGGCCAGUCGGGUUGGUUUCCCCUUCCAUUAGCCCCCUGAGCCUGACUAGAGGGGGCUCCCUGAGGAACUUGCUGCUCUAAGUCCCAGCCCCUCUCGAGGAGGCGGGCGGCCGAGACUCAACAGCCAGAGAGAGGCUUCUCAGCUCCAGAGCCAGAUGUAACAUUGACCUUAAAUGGUAAAAGCUCCCCAGAGUGAAGAGAGGCUGGCCAGAGGAGGAAAGGGGAAUAACUCAAUUUUAGCCUGCGGCGCCCAGGCCUCUCGGAGCAUUCUUGGGGCUGACGCAGCAGAGGUUCUGGGCACACACGGCCACUGCAAGGAGGCUGCCAUGCCCAACGUUCCUGAGGAGGAGGAGCCCCCCGGAGAUCCUCAGGCAGCCCAGAGCACAGCCAGCCAAGGCCCUCCCUCAGCAGGAACAUCUUGCAGUCCACCUGCAAUCAUCCUUACUGGGGAUGCCAGCUCACCAGAAGGAGAUACUGACAAAAACCUGGCCAACAGAGCUCAUAGUCCGCACAGGAGGGUUUCUCACCGACACCUGAAGGUUUCCACAGCUUCACUGACUUCUGUGGACCCUGCAGGGCACAUCAUUGAUCUGGUAAAUGACCAGCUGCCGGAUAUCAGCAUCUCCGAGGAGGACAAGAAGAAAAACCUGGCACUGCUGGAAGAAGCCAAGACAGUGAGUGAGCGAUUCCUGUCUCGCCGAGGGAGGAAGUCCAGAAGCAGCCCAGGAGACUCCCCGUCAGCUGUUUCCCCGAACCUCAGCCCCGGACCUUCCCCUGCAUCCUCUCGGAGCAACUCGCUUACAGUCCCCAUCCCUCCAGGUUUGGAUUCAUGCAGUGGCCCACAGACCCCUCUACCUGGAGCACCACCACAGCACAAGGAGGAUGAGUCUGAAGUCUCUUCACCUCACCAUGGCGAGUCUAAUGUUCCCAAAGGGCUAGCUGACCGGAAGCAGAAUGACCAGAGGAAAAUGUCGCAGGGCAGGCUGGCUCCUCGCUCCCCCACGGUUGAAAAGUCCAAAGAGACUGCAGUAGAACAAAAGGAAAACUUCGAUCCCCUUCAGCACCCCGAGACCACACCCAAGGUCCCAGCUCCUGGCACAGGCAGUGUCGGGAAAACGGCCCUGAACAGCCCCCAGCCAGGCCCUGUGGAGAGCGAGCUGGGAAAGCAGCUCCAGAAGACAGCCAGGGAGGGUGACCCUCUGCUGAGAAGCCCAGCCCUGGGCUCUGGAGGGGCAGUCCCCCUAUCCCCUCAGGGGAAAGGCUCAUCUGGGGAGCUGACAGGGCCCAAGGCUACAUCCAAAGCUGAUUUGCGGCCCUUGGCCUCCCGGCCCCCCCUGCAGCGGGGGGUCUCCUGGGACAGUGGCCCUGAAGAAAUCAGCCCCCGGCUGCAGAAAGUGCUUGCCAAGCUGCCACUGGCAGAGGAAGAGAAGCGUUUUUCAGGGAAAGCCAGCAGCAAGCUGGCCAAAGUGCCUGGGCUCAAAGACUUUCAGAUACAAGUGCAGCCCGUGAGGAUGCAGAAACUGACCAAACUGCGUGAGGAGCACAUCCUGAUGAGAAAUCAGAACUUAGUGGGGCUCAAGCUUCCAGACCUUAGUGAAGCGGCUGAGCAAGAAAAAGGGCUCCCUUCUGAACUCUCCCCUGCUAUUGAGGAGGAAGAGUCAAAGAGUGGCUUGGAUGUCAUGCCCAAUAUUUCUGACGUGCUGCUGCGCAAACUGAGGGUCCACAAGUCUCUCCCUGGAAGUGCCCCUCCACUCACUGAAAAGGAAGUUGAGAACGUGUUUGUACAACUGUCCUUGGCCUUUAGAAAUGACAGCUACACCCUGGAAUCUAGAAUUAGCCAGGCUGAAAGGGAACGGAACCUGACAGAGGAGAACACGGAGAAGGAAUUGGAAAACUUCAAAGCUUCCCUUAUGUCUUCAGCUUCACUCUGGCACCACUGUGAGCACCGGGAGACCUACCAGAAGCUGCUGGAGGACAUCGCUGUCCUGCACCGCCUGGCUGCCCGCCUCUCCAGCCGAGCUGAGAUGGUGGGGGCUGUCCGCCAGGAAAAGCGCAUGUCCAAAGCCACAGAAGUGAUGAUGCAGUAUGUGGAGAACCUGAAGAGGACGUACGAGAAAGACCAUGCAGAGCUCAUGGAGUUUAAAAAACUUGCAAAUCAGAAUUCAAGCCGCAGCUGUGGCCCCUCUGAAGAUGGGGUCCCUCGCACAGCGCGGUCCAUGUCCCUUACGCUGGGAAAGAACAUGCCCCGCCGGAGGGUCAGCGUAGCUGUGGUUCCCAAGUUUAAUGCCCUCAACCUGCCAGGCCAAUCUCCUGGCUCAUCACCCAUCCCCUCCUUACCAGCCCUGUCGGAAUCAACCAAUGGGAAAGGCAACCUACCUGUCACCUCAGCACUGCCCGUACUUUUGGAAAACGGAAAGACAAAUGGAGACCCAGAUUGUGAAGCCUCUGCUUCCAUCCCGACCCCAAGUUGCCUGGAGGAGAUUAGCCAGGAGACCAAGGCCAGGAUAGAGGAAGAAGCUUAUAACAAGGGAUACCAGGAGGGCCUAAAGAAGACUAAGGAACUUCAAGACCUGAAGGAGGAGGAGGAAGAACAGAAGAGUGAGAGUCCUGAGGAACCUGAAGAGGCAGAAGAAACCGAUGAAGAGAAAAAGGACCAGAAAAGCAGCAAACUUGAAGAGUUGGUUCAUUUCUUGCAAGUCAUGUAUCCCAAACUGUGUCAGCACUGGCAAGUAAUCUGGAUGAUGGCUGCAGCGAUGCUGGUCUUGACUAUUGUGCUGGGGCUCUACAAUUCAUAUAACUCUUGUGUGGAGCAGGCUGAUGGCCCCCUUGGAAGAGCAACUUGCUCAGCAGCCCAGAGGGACUCCUGGUGGAGCUCAGGACUCCAGCAUGAGCAGCCCACAGAGCAAUAAGAAGUCUGAUGCCUAGCCAGUGGCCUGCUCCAAUACCCUCAGCCUACCCCCUUGCCCCAAAUAUAGUGUCAGACCCAGGUGUGGGCAUGCUGCACUUCAGUCCCACAAGGGAAUGAAGAGGGAUUCUUUUCACAUGUAGUACCUCUGUGGGAGCUAUUCAUACACGGUAACUGAUGUUCUUGGAAGAUGAACAAAACUGCUCUGGGAAAGCAUCUAGUGUAUGAAGAUGUCACCUUGACCAAGGAACUCUAGCUGAAGGGAGGGUCUCCUGCCCCUAGCUCAGAUGACUGGGGAGAAGUGAAAUACCGUCACUGAGAGGGGGACAAUAAAAAGCUCACUCUCCCAAUUUUUCUUCUCUACAAUCGGUUACCAAGAAGAAUUGUGCUUAAAGGCCGACACUGACCCUAAGGAUCAGACCUGGAAUUUGGAGUUGCAACGUGGAUAUCUUCCCAUUUCCCAUCUCAUUCUCACUGAUUACCCCUCAGCCUCUCUUCUCACCUUUGGAUUUGGAGUUUCUUUUUAAAGAAAUAGGAAAGAUUUCUCAGAAAAAUACAUAAGCUGAAUUUAGCUCAAUGUCUGAAAUGAAAUGGGAAGAUGUGAAUUAAUAUAUAUGCAUCUGUAUACACACACAACAUGCAUGUGCACGAAGCCAACAACCCUCCAAACAUGCUAUGGGCAUGUGCUCUGGAUAAAGAAAAUGCCCAUCAAGCCAACCCACAGAUUGUCACUAGGUGUGGGGCAGUCACCAGGCACCUGUAUUCAAUGAGCUCUUCACAUGGACUAAAGAUGUUUGAAAAACACUGAAAACUCAUGGCUUCAGUUUUGAACUUGCUGGUCUCCAUUUCAAAUGCCACUCUAAGCACAGCCUACUCCUUAUUUGUUCUCUACUCUUGAGAACAGUUAACCCACCUCUCGGUUGAAUGAGGAGAAAUGGUAUAUUUUCAGCUUCAGCCUUACUCCGUGUGCCCACAUACAAGUGUGCACUUUCACCUUAGUGCUUCACUUCAAACAGGAUUUCCAACCCAAGUAUAUGUUUCAGAGCACUCCUAAUUGUUUAGCAUAAAACUGAGGAAGCAUAUCCCAUCUCCAGUUUGUCUUCUCUCUCUACCUUUACAGCCACUGCCUUUGUUCAGCUCUCAUCCAUUUUUCGGGGGGUGUUGAUUUUUUAUUGUUACUAUUUUGCUUUUAUUUUUGUUGCUUAUGUUGUUUGUUUUUGUUUUAACACUUAUAAAGAGCUUCCUAUGAACCAAACAUUGUUCCAAGAUUUAUAUAGGUAUUAAUUCACUUACUCCUCAAGAAAAAGAAAAAAACCGUGAGGUGGGUAGUACUCUUCCCACUCUCAGAUUUGGAAAAACUUGGGCACAAAAAAGAUAAGUAACUUGCCAAGGACACCCAGCCGGUAAAUCAUGGAGCUGGAACUCAAGUCCAGGUAGUCUGGCUCCAGGGGCUGCGUUCUUAAUCCCUACACUAAAUUGCCACCUCCAAAGGUCUCCUAACUGGAUGCCUUACAUUCCAGUCUUGCAUCCUUCCAGUUCACAAACAACAGAGUCUUGGGGUGCUCUUUCUAAAACAAAAAUCUCAGAAUGUCAUCCCCUGCUUAGAACCCUUCAGUGACUUCUCCUCACCUGUAGGAUAAGCUCUACUUUCUUCACUUGGCAUCAAGUUUCGCAGGAUAUGACCUCUUCCUCCUAUUUUGUAGCCUCAUGUGUGGGCUGCUACCCUCCCCAAAAGUGGCCCUUCAACCACUCCAAACCACUUCUGGUUCUUAAACUAAACUGUUUUCUCUCACAAUUCUGUUCCUUCUCGCGCUAGUUUUUCUUCUGCUAUUCUGUUCUAUUUUAUUCCACUUCCUGUUCAAUCUUCAGGACCAAGUGCAAAAAAUAAUCCUCCUCAUACAAUCUUUGAUGACCUCUCCUCAUACUCCUCACUAUACCCAACAUAGUAGGUCACAUCCUCCUCUGUGCUUUCUGGCACUUUUUAAUAUUUUCAUUAUUGAUCCUUACUACAGCAUAUCACAAUAAUUUAUGUGUCUUUCUCCCCUAACAUUGUUCAUUAAAGAUAAGAACCAUGUCUUGGCCGUCUCUGGGUAACUGCCUAGCAUGGUGGCUGAUGCCUGGGAGGGUAUCAUUAAAUGCUGAUCAAAAGAAUAAGCGGGCAUUCAAGGUAGUGGAGAGCAAGCUGAGGACAGCUGAUAUUUUGUAUGCUCCUUGCACCAACGCCAUCACCACCACCAUCUCAAUGAGAAAAGCAACAGCUUUAUUAACCUCAGCUUAUUCUAAUAUUUCUCCAUCUCCUCUGUGAGAGAGCAGGAAUGAGACUAAACUAGCAAGGGCUGGGCUUGAUGCAGUCACUCCCUUCUGAGAGACCCACCUAGAGCAGGCCCCACUUAAAAACAGCAUGUCUUUUUAGAGUCAUCCUUUACAGUGGCUAGAAAACCACUGUGAGAGAAGCCCAAGCCAGGGUUGACCAAGGAUGUGCCAUUAAGGUAAAGAGGUGCAGAGCAGGGCAGAAGGACUUUGGGGGCAUGGGCAGAUGGUUCACUCUGCCUCUCCCAGUGGGACUGAAGACAACUGAAGAACCUUUAGCUACAUGAGGCCCUCAGAGCCGAGGACAGAAUGCCAAUGGAGCUCCAGAGAGUGUGGCCAUGUGGCAGGACUCUAGGCUGGCAAUAAUCCAAUCUCAGCCUUCCAGGCUGAGCUGGCCCAUUGUCUACUUGAGACAAUGGCCAGAAAGGAGUUGUCAGUGAGCUCCUGAACCUCCAGCUGCACUGCAGAAAGGCCGUAAGAGUACUUCCAGACACAGAUCAAUGUCCAUACUAUUCCAGUUGUGAGUAAGGGAGGUUGAGGAGCAUAAGAGUAGCCACAUUUACAAGGGCAUUACUGGAAAAGUAGUACUCAUUGGUAUUUAUUUUCUGAAAAGCUAAGAUCAAUCUGAAGCAGUUGAGCUGCUUCCAAAGCAGCAUCGAAAUAGAAAUAGACCCUAGAUUUCCACAAUGACAUUAACCUGAAAUAAAAGUUCCCCUCAAAAUGGUUCUGAAGUCUGACAUUUCUGCUUAGCCCUAGGAGCCUGGUUGCCUACCCUCAACUGCAGAGUGAUGUGUUUGUGUCAUUGUUGACAUCACCUAAAAGGACCUUUGCUUUCUGCCUGCCGCAAAGCCCAUAUAUAUUGUUCCCCAUGUACAGCCUGGCAGAGUCAAUGAAGAGGGAGAUGUUGGAUUUGUGUUAUCACUGGCCGUCAGUUCCUAAUUUUGUUAAGCCUCACACAGGUGUGCUAAUGUUGAACUGUAGAGUGUCACAUACUUGAGUUUGAAAAUAAAACACAUUUCCAAACCUCUGGCAGCAGCCAAAUGCCUCCUGAUUUCACGGAACUAAGCUACAGUCUUACUCCAACCCUGAGAAAGCAAAUUUGGUUCACUAAAAACAAGCCCUCUUCCCCAAUACUUCACACUAGCUUUAUUCCCCUCAUUCCUACCAAAUUCAGAAGAUUCAUUUGAGGACUCUUAGGCCAGAACCAUUAGAUAGAAGCUGAGUCUUUGAAUGGGCACUCACAGCAUUGAGCUGUGACGUGAGCAAGAAAUAGAAUUUUUAGCAUAUUAAACCCUUGGGAUUCAGGGAUUUUUUUUUUUUUAUGGCAGCCUACCCUGACAUUUGAACCAAAAGUGGAAU